CUGUUCAUCCGCCCAUCACCCCCCAGGGUGAGGAACAUUCCUCAGCUCUUUUUUUUUUUUUUUUUGUCCCAUCUAUCACACAUACAAACAAAUUUCGUUCUCUCAAGCCUUCUCGCCGCCUUCCUCCCCCCAGUUCCUAGUUCCCAGUUCAACCCAGGGUCCAACUAUUUUUUUGCUUUUUAAAUCUUUCGAUUCGUCGGUUCAACAUCGCCGUCGCGAUCCUCGGUUUUAUUCUUCCCACCGCCUUUCUUCAUCGCCUUGUCCCGCCUCGGAUCCCCUGCUGGUCUGUUCGUCGAUCUGCCUAACAAAAAUAUACCACGGACCACGCGUGGUAUCAUUAUCGUUAUCCUCCCUACUAAUAUUCCCCAAUCCCGUCUUAUUCCUACUCCCCUGUCUUACCUUACUCGCAUCGCAUCUCCCACCUUCGAGUUUAUUGUGAGCUGGAUCUGAGAAUCUCUCCGUAUACUCGAUUCAUGCAUCGACAGAUAUAGAAUAACUAUCUAGAUACACUUGCGCCGUUGCUGUUUAAUUAUAUUUUAUCGUGUCUCCUCGUCAUCUGCCCACCAUGCCGUACAACACCCGUCGCAAAUCGCUGUCUCUAUCGUCACUCGGAAUCCACAUCCCAGUAAAUCGAUCCUCGUCUAAUAACUCCAGCAUGGCAUGCUCUAGAUCAUCCUCUGAGAGCUCGUCGCACCCGAACAAGAAGAUCAAGCGGUCUCACAACGACACUGCAUCCUCUGCUACCACUGUACCCACCUUCAAACCGGUCGCUACGCCUAUCAAGUAUGAUCACACGCCGCCGCCCUCGCCUGGGCUACAUACCUCCAUCGAGAUGGAUGAUUCUGAGCUGUCCGAACUUGCAGAGAUUAAGAAAGUCGACUUAGAAGGUAUAAACGACGAGAUCGUCGAGGCUGUCAUUGUGCGACUGCAGGAAACCCGCAACCGACCGCAUCUAGUCAAGGAGCUAGCCACUAUCCUCAUAGAUCAUGUUAAAAUAGUUCAACAGUCCGCGAACCCUUGCGCCAUCAUCUCUUCUCGACUAUCUACAUAUCUGAAGCGAUCGUGUUGGUCCGCUUUAGCUCCUUGUCCUUUAGCUAAAGAGCUCGAGACCGUCCACCCAAGGCGCACGUACUUUUACCUAACUACAUGCCCUCAUUUACCUUUACCCGACCCUUCUGCGCAACGCGCUAUCAUAACACCAUCACUCUCAAGCUCGGCGUCCACAUCUGAGGAUGCUGAUUGCGACCGAAACAGAGAGCUCAGCAUGUCGCCUGAAGUGGAUCUUUCAUCUCCCGAGUUUGAUGAUAUGGAUGAAGAUAUACCGAUGCCGGGCACACCAAUGGGCUCAGUAUCGGGGCGCCACCGUUCCCUCAAUGUGCCGCGCAAUCAAAGAGGAGAGGAACCCCCACUAGAGAAGGACGAGAAGGAAUUCACACAAACGGCAGAUGGAUUACAAAAGCGGAAGGCUAGUGGACAUCUACUUCGAGCUGAUCCUCUUGACCAAGUGUCAAUAGAUGACGGCAUGCAGAACGAGCAGCUUUUUGGUGAACCCCCAAGGACGCUCGCCCCCUCUCUACUACCACAUAUGGCAUUCUUGACAAGUCCCGCGAUGCGACCUAGCUUGAUCAUACCGACGAAAAGAGAUCAUGAGGCCGAAAAUUGGACCAAAUUAGACGCCGCUCUUGAAUGGGAUAGGAGUCCCGAGACUAUCGAGCUGGAUGAGCUUGAUUGCUUACUCGAUGACUUCUAAAUGCGCAUUGCUAAUGAGCUUAUCUACACCUCUCCUAAUUAUUUGACGAUCACUGGAUGACAGGUUAUGCGUGCAGCCGGCAUGUGUUAACCAUGUAUGAUGAUGGAAGAGACGGCCGCGUUGACGAACCAAAAGGAGUUGGGGUGAGAUGGCGCUAGUCGGUGCAUUUGAUUUUCAUUUGCUUGCUAUUUUUCGCGUUCUGCAUUAAUUCCUUACUUCAUGCCAUUUAUUUCCCGAUCAGAUGAUUGCGCGUCUAUGGCCGACAUAGUUGGUCGCCAGCUAAGGGGGAUGUACGAAUAUCAUUAGAGGAAGCGCUUAGAAUGCGACAGGGGAUGGGCCGCAUUACGAAGGCCCAGUUUCCGCGGCGAACUGAAACAUCUCGUUUCUGAAGCGAACGGAGAGCGGGAGAUUCGCUGCGUCGUUUGCCGCUUGGUUUCCUGAAACGGGAAAUCAAUCUGUAUAAGUAGAAAACCUCGAAAGAAGCUGGCAAGAAUGUGGCCGGCUAGUUAGAGCGCUUAGAUCUUAGUUGAGUGGCUUUUACAGGGCGGACUGGGAUAAAAAGGAAAAACGGCGCCCAAAAAUGCGAAAAGAAAUCCCCGAUCAAUUUCAAUAAUAU